AUGGCCGUUGACAUGAAACAAUUACAUUUACAGGUCUUUGGUGACUCUCAAUUGGUGAUUAAUCAACUCUUAGGAAGUUAUGAGGUAAAAAAGCCUGAAUUGCGACCUUAUCAUGAUUAUGCUCAAAAGUUGAUAAGAUGGCUUGGGGAUGUAACCCUUCAACAUGUGCGUCGAACAGAGAAUAAGAAAGCUGAUGCAUUGGCUACUCUAGCUUCAACGCUAACCCUUCCUGAUCAAACACAAGUAACUGUCUGUCAAAAAUGGAUAGUACCACCGUCAAAUGAGGAAGAAUAUAUUGAAAAUAAGCUUGAUCAUAUCGUCGCCAUUGUUGAAGCUGCGAAGGAAGAUUGGAGACAACCCAUCAUUGACUACCUAUGUUAUGGGAUACUUCCAGAAAAUCCAAGAAGAAGAACUGACAUACAUCAUCGUGCACCUCGUUUCCUUUACUACAAGGACACAUUAUAUAGGAGAUCAUUUGAGGGACCAUUACCAAAGUCUUCUGGUGGACACUUGUACAUCUUGGCUGCAACUGAUUACUUUUCAAAAUGGGCUGAAGCUGUCGCUCUUAAAGAGGUGAAGAAAGAGAAUGUUGCAAAUUUUAUCCGAGUAAAUAUUAUCUAUCGCUUUGGCAUCCCUCUCUAUAUAAUAACAGACAAUGGCAAACCAUUUGAUAACAAGUUAAUGAACAAGAUUUGUGAUCUUUUUGACUUUAAGCAGCGUAAAUCUUCUAUGUAUCAUGCUGCCGCUAAUGGUCUUGCUUAA